GCUAACAGGAGAGCCCAUUGCCACAUGUCUUUCUCCCUCGGUGCAUGACAUGAUUUGUAAGCUUGGUUUUGAAGUUCAAGAACAUUGUGCUGUCAGUAGUGUUGUGUCUGACAAGGGAGAGGUACACUGGGAAGCAGUCACCAAAUGUGUAAAGUGCGUGGAGACAGGCUGUGACCUGGACUACCGGGACAGUGUGCGGCUGCUGGGCCCUGUGUGUGAUGCCGUGCAGCUGCAUUUCUUCUCUCUGACCAAGGGGCAGUUUGAGACGCGAUACGCACCAUGGUUCCAGUGGACAGGCGUUCCCCAGUUAUUUCCUGAAAUAUUCGACUCAUUGAAAAGCCUGCAGUCACCGGCCAUUUCUCUCAGCUUGAUGAAACUGACGUCAUGUCUGGAACGGGCCUUGGGCGAUGUAUUUCUGCUGGUUGGCAAGGAGUGUCCCUUUCUUUUAAGAGAUCUGCUCGCCUCCGUGGAACUUGCACAAGUCUUUGGUCAGCCUGUGAUGAGUGUGCUGAAAGUCUUCCUGGGCUCUCCACGGGGACUGAACCUGCGCAAUGUCCUGUGGCACGGCUUUGCAUCCCCCCAGGAGGUUCCUCCCAAGUACUGUUCGAUGCUGCUGCUGCUGACAGCAGGGCUGGGACAGCUGCUCAAGAGCUUCCUGCAGCAGAGCACCUUGAGGGUGACACACCGACCUCUGGUGGUUCUCAGGAACGUGGAGGACUUGCUUGUGUUCCCCGAUGUUACUGAUGAAAUACUUUCAGUAUUAGAAGGAGUGAUGGCGAGGUCCUCUUUUGUGUUGAAAGUCAUGUUGCCAUACUGGGAGACUGCCGUGGCCAGGUUCCAGGCAGGCAGGUUUGCAGACUGUGCCAUAUUGUUACUGACACAGCUUGAGGCUGGACUUAGGAACAUCUUUGCCAAGGUCAACCAAUGUCCCAGAAGACUCCUGACGGCCGAGUCAACAGCUUUCUAUACCACCUUUGAUGAAAUACUGGCAAAGCACUUGGAUGACGGUAAAAUCAAUCAGCUUCCUCUUUUUCUUGGAGAGCCUGCCAUGGAAUUUCUCUGGGAUUUCCUGAAUCAUCAGGAGGGCCCCCGGAUUAGAGACCACUUAAGCCAUGGAGAGAUCAGCUUGGCUGACUUUCCGAAAGAAGUGACCAGUCAGCUGCUGGCGUUUUCUGUUGUCCUUUUGCUACGGUGUGUGGAUGCCAAGCUGCUGGCACUUUGUAAGGAAAGUGCAGCAGUCCGGUCACUGCUCAGUCUGGCAGAGGGCUACAGCUCUCACUGCCAUCCAGCGUCCCAGCUUCGAAAGCAGGUGCUGAGCUGUGAGGAGAGUGUCCGGAUCUGGCCUCUGCUACCUCUGCCUGAGGAAACCAGCUGGAAGGCGACCAGACAAGAAGACGAUUCCGAAGCAGACGCCUGCAGCUCUUUAACUGCCAAGAUUCUGGAAGAGCUGCGCCAGCAUGUGCCUGAGCAAUGUGUGUGUGCUGACUCGCAGCAUCCUGCCACAGAGCAGUGGCGGCAGCUGCUUGGGGCGCUGUGUUCUACACACAUCUCCACCCUGUUCUGCCCCAGGGCUGUGCUUGAGGUGCUCACGGUGCUGCGCAGCAUCUGCUCGCAAUGCCAGCGUGUGUCUGAGCAGGUGGCCGCCUCCGCAGCGCUCAGGCACAGGCAGUGGCUGGAGAGGAGGCUGCGCUCACGCCAGCGGCACAACUACUUGUGCAUGGCAAGCAGCAUGAGGCUCCUGUCCCCCGUGCUUUACCUGCUUCUACUGCUCGUUGCGCUGGAGCUGCUCAGCAUUCACAGCGUCCUUGGAAAGAAGGCCCCUGAGUACCAGCACUACCUCAGGUUCUUAAAAUCAAUCUUGCAGUACACUGAGAACCUGGCGGUUUACACCAGCCCAGAGAAGAACAAAUGGCAUGACGCCAUCAGUCUGACACAAACAGUUUUGUUGAAGAUCUGGACUUUUUAUGAGAAGAAACAAAUGCUAAUGCACUUAGCUAAGAAAUGCACAAGUGAAGUCACCCUGUGAAAAUCCUGUGUUGGUUGGGCUGUUGUUGUUCUACCAGAAGAUCCCAUUCAAUUGGUCUGAGCCAUGUGGAAAGCGGGGAGCAGGACAAGAGUGGGCAGGGUGUGUGCUCAGGGGCCAGGCUGUCUUUCCCACCACUGUCUACGCUGUGCUUCCUGGGCUGGGGUGAGCUCAGGCUGUUUGUGUGUGCACCAUGUGACUGCAGCAGGUCGGGUAUCACUCAGGCUGGCUGCACCCAAGUGUUGGCACUCUCACCAAGACCCUACCUACAGGGACCAGGCCUCCCUGUGGGGUGAGGGUGGGCUCAGCCAGUCCUUCCUUCAAACUCAAGGAGCAGAAUAACGCCCUGUCCUUCUAGACCUGGCAAAUGCAGUAAGUGGUACCAUCCCAACUGGGCCAUUGUUAGUUGGGGAUUAGGGGUGGACACAGUGCAGCCCCAGUAGGGCUGUGGAUGAAGGUGAGGCUGCAGGCUGGCCUGCAUGCUGCUAGGUACCAGCCGGCCCUGGUCGUGCAUCUGGCUUGGUCUGGGCUCUGAGCUGGGAGGACCGUGCCUAUGGGCUUCUGCGUGCUGUCCGAGGUUUGCUGCUACCUUAUGCCAGGGCAGUGACCCCAGCCAUGGGCUGUGUUCCUGCAGAGGGGUGGUGACCCCCGGCCAUGGGCUGUGUUCCUGCAGAGGGGCGGUGACCCCCGGCCAUGGGCUGUGUUCCUGCAGAGGGGCGGUGACCCCCGGCCAUGGACUGUGCUUCUGCAGAGGGGCGGUGACCCCCGGCCAUGGGCUAUGCUUCUGCAGAGGGGUGGUGACCACAGGCCACACUGCCCAGCUGUCAGCCCCUCUUGCCCUUGGAGGAGCCGCAGCUCUGAGGUGGGUGCUGUGUUCCGGCAGAGACCCGCUGGCUCCCAGGUGAGUGGACUGCUUCCGAGGGAUGCUGAGGUUGCAGAGGAAUUGAGGGGUGGAGGAGUGGAGCCCACGAAGUGCGGCUGUGUCUUCUCCACUUCACCCACAGUUUCCUAUGGGCUCUGUCGCGGCUCACCUCAGAGGAAUCACUGUUCUCAGCACUCUUUGCUGCUCUUGGCUGAACCGCAGUGUCCGUGUGCUGGGCAGGGAC